AUGGCCUUCCGAAACACUGCCGUCGUCGCAGGCACGAUUCUGACUGGAGUUCUCGCCUAUGCCGUCUAUUUCGAUUACAAGCGUCAAAGCGACCCCGCCUUCCGCAAGUCCCUGAAGAAGAACAACAAGAAGGUCGAACAAACCGUCAAGCAGGAGGCCGAAGCCGGCGCCGCAGCCCGAGUCGCAGAUCUCAAGAAUGCGCUCGAACAAGUGAAAAGAAACGGCGAACUGCCAACAGAUCUCGAAGAGAAAGAAAGCUUCUUUAUGACUCAAGUCGCGUUGGGCGAAUCUCUUUGCGCUUCAGAAGGUAAAUCGAAUCUCCCGUCUCUCGAUCCCGGGUCCACCCUUCGGGAUCGAGCUGCCGGCUCCCAAGUCGAAGCAGCAAUUGCCUUUUGGAAAGCAUUGAAGGUCUACCCCCAGCCUCAGGAUUUGAUUGGCAUUUACGAUAAGACCGUCCCCAAGGAAACCCUCGAAAUCCUCGCAGAGCUUAUCGCACUUGAUGGCGGUCAGUCUGUCGGCCCUAAGACCGGCGCUGAUGACAACAUCGAGUAA